GAAGUGGCAGACCUGGAUUAUCCAACAUAUUAAAUACUUUUCUCAAAGUACCAAUUUAUACAGUCGUGAGAGGUUUGAAAAUGGUUCGUACCUACUACAGAAAGACUGAAAAGGUGCCUAGAGAAAUAUUGAUUGGUGCACUGAGGCACUUGAAAUUACUCGAUAAUCUUAAUUUGCAAAAGAUAGCAUAUAGAAAAGUAGCCGAAGGUUUUGGCAUUCCUAAGUCAACCCUUUUCAGUCACUAUCAUCAAAAAGUGAAAGAUCUUGAUUCCAUCCCUGAAAACUAUUUGUCGAAUGAAGUGCAUAACAGACAAAUCCUUAAGUACAAAGAAGAGGAGGAAAUUGUGGAAUAUCUCAAGCUUGCAAUGGAGAGUAACCAUUCGUUGACUCCUAGUGAAGUGAGAAAGCUCGUUUAUAGCUUUGUUAUCGGCAAUGGAAUAAAAUGUCCUUUAAUGUGGCAUGAAAACCACACUGCUGGAGCUGAUUGGUUCACAUCAUUUAUGAAGAGGAACAAGUGCCUAUCUCUAAGAAAAGCUGAAGCUACAAGUCAAGCUAGAGCUGCCGGAUUCAAUUACCCAGUUGUUAACGCUUAUCAACAGCAAUUGGGUGCUAUAUUUGCCCGUCAUACGUAUCCACCAGAUCGCAUCAUCAAUAUUGAUGAAACUAGCGAUCAAACUGUGAUGGCGGCUGAAAUUGUUGUUGCUAUUCGUGGUACCAAGCAGGUUCGUCAAACCACAGGUGCCGAGCGAGGAACUAAUGUUUCCAUGAUCUGCUUUGGAAACGCUGCAGGUGGGUUUAUUCCUCCAGCUUUUGUCUUUCCGCUAAAGAAAGUAAACAGACAAAGUAUGAAUAACUCAAUUCCUGGUUCAAUCGCUUUCGCCAACGGGACUGGUUGGUUUGAUGGAAAGAUUAUGGUGGAUGUCAUAGAACAUUUACAGCGUUAUGUGAAAAGCAGCAAGGAAAAUCCAGUCCUAAUCAUUUGGGAUAAUUUCACAGCUCACUUGGAUUAUCUAGUAGUUAAAAACGCAAAAGAAUACGGUAUGGAGAUAAUUACUUUGCCUCCCCACACAUCCCAUGAGCUACAACCCUUGGAUGUGUCGGUGUUUGUAGCACUGAAAAAAGUAUAUUAA